UUAACACAUCUCUCCUCUUCGCGAUUCGCGCCGCAUGCGGCGACCAUGCGGCCUUCACACGCAGCCGCCCUGCGACGCUUCAGCACUGCUUUGGGCCAAGAACUCCGAGAGGGGCGUUUCUGGCUGGCCUACGACCAGGCCUUCGGCGCCUUCCCCCGCACGCGCGCCUACGUGCCGAAGCCUGUGGAUGUCACCGGGCAGUUGGCAGCUCCACCGCGUGAUCCACGAAAAGAAGUGGUGCAGCCCAGCUCCUGGGUCAUUGUGGCUCACUGUUCUCCGACGCACCUCCUCAGGGACCAGCUUUGCUGCUUGGCGCGCGAAGACUUGUCCGAAGGGGUGAAGAUCUGCUAUGCAGGCGAAGUAUACAAAGCUGGAGAUCAUGAGAAGUACUCCGAGAAGUAUUCAUUGGAGAGUGGAGGCUUGGUGGUGGAUGGUGCUUUCUUCUGCAACGAGGCAGCGUUUGUGAAUCACUUCUAUGGCAUCGCAGAGGAGCCCAAUUGCGCCAUCCGUGGCGCUUCUGAGG